UGUGGGAGGUAUUUGUUUGCUAAAUAGUUUUGGAGAAGAGGUAUGAGUUCACAGCCUAGGCAAAACUCGGCGCCUAAACUGGUGUUUGCAAGCAAAGGGAACAGUCAUCCUUUUCAAGAACGAGUAUUAUAUCUGACUGAGCCACAAAAGGUUGGACGAUCUGUCGGGAGAAUAAAACCAGCAACAAACAACCUCAUAUUUGACUGCAAAGUUCUCUCCAGGAACCAUGGAAUUGUCUGGUAUGAACAUAAUCAGUUCUGGGUGCAAGACACAAAAAGUGCCAAUGGUACCUUUGUCGCAAAUCAGAGGCUAAACAAGGGCAGUGAAGAAAGUCCGCCGAAGGAGAUUUUUCACGAAGAUUUGAUCCAGUUUGGUGUGGACGUUGUGGAAAAUCAACGCAAUGGAGUUUCCGUGACUCACGGCUGCAUAAUUGGUGUCGUCUAUUUGUACCAUCCAGAUGGAUCUGCAGCUAAACCAGUCUCUGCCCCUGGUAGUUCAAAUCAGAUUCUAUUUUCCUCUGGUCUUCCCAUCCCAACUCAGGACUUGUAUCAGCUGCAGAAAUACUUGGAGGAGGCCUCUCACAGGGAACAGCUGCUGGAGAGCAAACUGGCUGCUCUACAACGUCUAGUCACAGACACCAGAACUUGUUCAGCUGAGUCAUGGCGAGCACUUGUCGAAGAGGACAGUUUAUUGACUCGGAUGGAGUUGCUGGAGUCACAGUUGUUCGUACUGGGCAAAAAUAUGGGGGAGGAGGGACUGCACAAAGAGAUACAACUGCUCAACGAUGACAAACUCAAAUAUGCUGCAGAUGCCAAGAGUAGCGUGGAAAAAAUAGUACAGGAGAAACAACAGAUUGAGUGCAAACUCUCAGAUGUCGAAAGGUGCUACAGUGAGACGGAGGAUGAGUGUGAGCACCUGAGGGCCACGAGUGAGGAGACAGCGGGGAAGCUGCAGGAGCUGGCCACCAAACACACGGAGCUGCUAGAACAAGUACAACAGCUCAAUGCCAAACUAUCAGAGGCAGAAACGACUCGAAGUGAAUUAAGCGAUACGUACAAGACAGAGAAGGAGAAUUUGGAAAACGAGAUUGCAACCUUAAGUCGGACAGGGCAGGAGUUGAACAGUCGCAUUGCAGACCUGGAACAGCGCCUGGCCACUGCCACUGCUGGUACUACUCUUGAGGAAUUUGAGAAUGAGGGCGAGGGGGAGGGUGACUCAUCGAGGGGGGAUGUGAUGGUGGAGUCUCUGAGUAAUGUGGAGGAGGGAGUGGGGGUGGAUAAGGCGAAGAUUGUCAGUGUGGAGGACAAAUAUGACAACAGUCAGCAGGUUGCCAGUGGAUCUAUCGUGACAGCAGAGGUCGAGCAUCAAACUCAAUUCAACGAGAGAUCAGUUGAUCAGGCCAUUAAAGAACAGAGAGAAGCAGAUGAUUUGAACUUAACCGAAUCUCAAGACCUCUCGCCGACACAACCGGGAUCAAGCGAGGAACCAGGAGUGGAUAAAGAACUUAUUGAGCCCCUAGAGGACUCGGGUUUCAAUGAGAGUGAGAUUUACCUUUCGGCUCUGGAGUCGGAUAUCAAGAAGCACUCGGAACAGCUACAGACUUUCUGUUCACACUUGUCUGAAGAUAGGCAGGCGGAGUUUGAAGCCCUGCGGCAAAAUAACGAGAGGUUGCUCGCAAAUGUAGAGUUGCUGAAGAGUAGCGUAGAGCAGAAGACUAAAACAUUAGGAUCUCUGGAACUGCAACUAGCUGAAGCGCGUUCAUUGAUGCACAACGAAAAGAGUGAACAUAGUCAGCAGUUAUCAACUAGAGACGGCGAAUUAGCAGAGUUGAAGAAACAACUGAAUGGCGUGAAAAGUAUUGAAGCUCAACUGAGGAGUGAAAUUGAAGUAUUGAAUAAGAAGAUUGAAAAGAGUCAAGCCGAUCAGAAGAAAGAAUGUGAUAGGUUGAAGGAGAAGUUAAGAGAAACUGAAGCAGCCUUGAGAGUUGCGAGUGAAAGGGAGGGCCUGGUUGACCGGAGUGCAGGGGGAGGGGCAGACAGCAGCAGGAGUGACAUGGGUGACCAGCUGUCUCAGGGAUCUCUGGAGGAACUGCAGCUGCCAACCGGUGCCUUCCAGAGGACGCCUGUCAAGUUCAUCGACAAACUCAGGAGGUUUCUACCGGGAGGUACUACUGGGAGUGAGGCGGAGAGGGAGAGACUGGAGAGCGAGAUGCGGUUUGUUCACGUGAGACUGAGGGAGAACCAGAGUGAGAUAGGCAGUGCUCUUCUGUCCCUCAAGGACGCACUAAACCAGCUGCGACAGAAACACGACAGAGCUGAACACGAACAGAUGCAGACUGCUAUCACGGCCAUCCAGCAGGUGUCGGAGGAGCUGUGCAAUCUUCAGACGCAGCGACAGUCACUUAAUGCGUCCUCUUGUAGUCUCCUAGACAGAGUAAACCAACUCAACACACCAGCUGAACAGGAGAGUAUCCUGUUGCUGAGCAAGAUCCCCAUGUUCAUCAUAAUACUGGCAGUACUCUGUGCUUUCUUCAAAUUCAUCUUCCCAGACGCAUAGAACAACCCCAUCAUCACUCAUAUAAACUGGGGUCAACAGAAGAGGUCAAUCAAAUGGCAUGCAUUUCUGCUCCACGAUGACCUGAUAGUAGGAAAUGACUCGAGAUUAGCUCAUGAGUUAGAGAAUGAAGACAAUUUGAAACUAACUAAACUCGCAAGCAUUAAUUAGCAGUAGCUUUUUGUCUAAUUUGACAGCGAAUGCUUAAUUUGAUAUCUUAUCAGGUACUUCCAUUAUUUGACAGUUUUGACCGUUUUAUUAAUAUGUUUUGAUAAUUUGGGGUUAGAAUACUUAAAAUUUAUGUAAAUCGAUGCGUGAUUGUUGCGCCCCGAGAAUAGUUAAAUUCAUGGCAGAAAAACCACUUCAUAAAGCAACGAGAAUUAAUUUAAAUUUCUGAUUAAUUUGAUAUGCUGACCAAAAUGUUUAUCCGUAGGUAAAUUAUUGAGCAAUAGAUUCUUUUUGACCUG